UCAGUAUUAGGGUUGGAUAGCUGCUGACGUGGCAAACUUUAGGUGCUAACUUAACUAACCGUAUCGAUUGCUACUGGAGAGGCGAGCCCAAACCCCAGCCAAACCUUUAGCCUCCUUCGAAAACUAAACCGAGAAGGCACCGUGAUGUGCCGCAAAUCGAGCUUCGUUUUUGUACAAACCCAGUAAUAGGCGCUUCUUGUAUCCAUUUUCUCUGUUAAACCUUUCUUUCCCACCCAACGAGCUCAGACAAGAAGAGAAAGUAAAAGAAAGAGAGAUGGCGUUCAGAGGGAAGGAGAUGAUGAAGAAAGUGCUUAAGAAUGUAGGAGGGGAGAAGAACUUGGCACCGGGUCUGAAGGAAUCGUUGAAGAAGUGCAUACCGGACAGCAAGGUGGUGAUGGGCCGGGCCAAGCGCGGCCUCUUCGCUGGCCGCCACAUCCAGUUCGGCAAUCGCGUCAGCGAAGAUGGCGGCAACAAGUCAAGGAGAACUUGGAAGCCGAAUGUCCAGGAGAAGCGGCUCUUCAGUUACAUUUUAGACCGCCAUAUUCGAGUUAAAGUCACCACACACGCCCUCCGCUGCAUAGACAAGGCAGGUGGGAUUGAUGAGUACCUGCUGAAAACUCCUUACCAAAAGAUGGACACAGAAAUGGGCCUCUACUGGAAAGCUAAGAUUGAGAAGCUGUACGAAGAGCUUGGGAAAAUGGAAGUUGUCUUCUUCUCACCCGAGGAUGAAGACAAGUUUGAACAGGGUUUUAAAGAUCUGAAACUAUCCGAGAGGGCAGCUCGUAGGGAAGCAAGGAGACAGAUGUAUGGUUUGUCGAACAAACACGGGGAGAUUGAGGGAGGACAAGUGGAAGGUCAAGUGACUGAUGAGGAUGCUGCAAGAACUGGGGAUGGAAGCUCUCAUCACGAUUUUCCUGAGCAGUUGGUUGCAAACACUUAAGUUUGGGCCUGUUCAGUUAGAAUGUUGUUCCCAUAUUUGUUGGUUAAUGUCUCUUUCAAAAUUUGUUUCUCCAUAAUGUUUUUUUGGAAGCAGUGCAAGCAGUAUCAGGACUGAGAGGCUAAAACCAUAUAUCAUUUUCAGAUAGAAAUUAACUAGGAUGGAUAUAUAUUUUGAAGUUAUCUUGCACACUGCUUUCA